UGCACACUGGCAAACGAAAAAGUUUUAUAAAAUUUAAUUUAAGACAAAUAUUCUAAAAAAAUGGAGGAGACGAGUCCAGUGAAAGCCAAGCGAAAGGACAAAGUCGAAGACAAAUGCGCUGAUGGCGAAACUCCACUUGAUGCACACAGCGAAGGUCCGCAUAAGAAACUGGCGCGAAUAAGCGAGGCAGACAAUGCGAACGUGGAGUUAAGUUUGAAUACCGCUUAUCAGCAAAAGGAACUGACACAAUGGCUGCAGUCAGCAUGGUUAAGUCAAGCUAAAUCUGCCAAAGAGGAUGCAACCGGCGCACAAAUAUAUGCGGAACCAUUUCAAAUCUGCUUGCUGCCUGAGCUGCUAAGUAAGGGGCGCAACCAGACGCUGGUGGAUGAAAUGAUAAACAAAGUGCAUUGGUCACGCAAGCAAAUGGAUCUGUAUGAGUUCUACCAGAGCACGGAUCUAUCCAACAUGGCUGAGUGCAAGCUACUUACAAACUUCCUGCAGCUAUUGCGGAAGCAAGUGCGUCCAUGGCUGGAGGAGGUGACAAAUUUAAAGCUGGACUAUGUGUCGGCUUCAUGCAGCAUGUACACCUGUGGCGACUAUCUGCUCGUACACGACGACUUGCUCAAGGAUCGCCAAAUAGCCUUCAUCUACUACUUGUCGCCCUGGGACAAUGUUGCUGAAUGGAAUGAGCAACAGGGUGGUUGCCUGGAGAUAUUUUCCAGUGAUGAGCAAUGUUUUCCACAAUUUCCCGUGCACCGGAAGAUAGCACCUAAAAACAAUCAGUUUGCAUUUUUCAAAGUUGGCUCGCGCUCCUUUCACCAGGUGGGCGAGGUGACAACCUUUGACUAUCCACGACUGACCAUAAAUGGCUGGUUCCAUGGCGCAACCAACGAGAGCUCUGCUGCGGACUCCUCGCGCGCCUUUCCACGUCCGAGCUAUCUGCAGCCGGACGUUAACAAUAAGCCCGUGCUUGGCCUGUUACUCAACGAUGUUUACUUGAAAGCGGCCACGCGGCGCAGCAUACAAAAACGCAUCGAGGAGAACUCGGAAAUAUGUUUAUACGAAUUUUUCAAACGUGAGAAAUUUGAACUGGCGCGCGCACAACUUUUAAAUGAUGAAACGCUGGCGUGGCGACGCCAAGGUCCUGCUAAUGCGCACAACUAUGAAGUAUUGGACCUGAACACUGCACGCGGAACAAUCGAGGAGCUGCUGCAGCUGUUUCGCAGCAAUGCUAUGUUCCAUCUUCUGCGCGACUUUACCGAUCUAGAUUUGUAUGGAGUGGAUGCCAUCACACCCAUGUGCAGCGUCGAGCUGCAGCGUUGGUCCCACGGCAAUUAUACAGUGCUCGGCGAUGGUUUGGUCAGCGACGAGAACACACUUGAUCUAGUAUAUUAUCUGAACGCAUCCGAAGGCGCUGCCGUGAUCACAUAUCUAUCGCCAGAUGCAGCACAAGCACAGCCUGCUAUGCUAGAAAAUGGUAUAAGCACUGACAGCGAUGCUGCGGACGAUACGGUGGAUGAGUUGGAGGAUGAAAUCAGCGACGAUUCGGUGCUGUUAACUAUAACGCCUGUGGACAAUGCGCUAAAUAUUGUUUAUCGCUGCGAGGGUACAACGAAGUUUACAAAAUACGUGUCACGCAACACGCCGUUGGACAAAGGACCUGUCUUUGUCAUAUCCUGCAGCUAUAGAGAAUAAUGCUGCGAGUCAAUAUUCCAAGCCAAUAUUACUUGUUAGGCUGGCCCAACGCACACACACAAACACACGCUUAAUGUGUAGCUAUCAUUAUACACAUGCAAUUAUACAUUUGUAACGGUUGAUUGUAAACAUAAACGCAAACAAGCAAAUUUAAAUAAAAAAUAUGUACAACGUU